AUGAAUAGUAUAUUCCGCACAGCUGAUCGUCAACAAUAUAAAUUUCCAUCAACAAGUGCAAAUAUCGAUAAUAUUGUUGCUUUACCCAAACCUAAUGAUAUUGAUAUCAUUAAUAUCAGAUCCAACAAAGAGUUUUUUGCUAAUUUUAUUCAACAAAUAAAUAAAUGGUUUAAUUGGUUUGAUCGAUUCAUUGAUAUUUUUCAACGUAUUAUCGAUUGGUUAAAAACUCAUAAUGUUAAUCGUUCAAAUCAAAUAUUAAGUGAUUUAUCAAGAAUUCGUGACGAUCCCAAAAUGACAUUGAUUGAAAUGAGAGUAACUAUUGAUUCUGCAUUGAAACUUUUACAGCCAUUCGAAGAUCUUCAACGUCUUUGUCAACUAUUCAAUUGUAUAAUUCCAUUUCAAAUUAUUAACGCAGGAACAUUAAAUAUGCAAGAGAAUACAAUAAAUUUUCUUAAAGAAUUAAAACGCUUUCAACCAAACAAUACAUUUAUAGUAGACGCUAGAAAAAUUUAUGAAUUGACUAUUUCUAUAAUUGAUCGUCAACAAGUUCAAUGGUCAUUAGCAAGUGAUAAUCAUCCAUGUGAUAUUACUGUUGAAUAUCGAAGUUAUGGAACAAAUAAUCAAUGUGAAACAUUAUAUGAAAAAAGAAAUGUUUCUAUUCAUAAAAAUGUUCUUCAUGGUCAAUUUGAAACUCAACGUAAUGGUCAAUUAUUAAUUACUAUUGAUAACAAAAAUUAUACAAAUCCUCGAACAGUUUGGUAUCGGAUUAAAUCUAAUCCUUUAUCAAUUUGUCAUUUAUUUCAAGGUAUCUUUAAUAUGCAAUUUGAUAAAUGUUAUCACCAAAAUUCUCCAAAUAUUUCUGAAGUUGAUUUUAGUAAAUUACUUGGUCAUGUAUUUCAUUUUAUAAAUAAACUUCUAAAUGGUGAUAUAGGUUUACGAGAUAUGACAGAAUUACAACCUAUAUUCAAAGAUAAAAUGAUUAAUAUUCGAGAAGAAGUUAAAAAAUUGUAUAUAAAUCGUUCAAAUGAACAACAUAAUAAUAUAAUCAAUAUGCCAACUACUGUUGCACAAGUUCCAAGAACUCAACCAAAUGAAAGAGAUAUUGAACAAGUCUGCGAAUGGUUACAAAUUUACCAAUAUUAUAGUCAUCUUAAUAUAAUUAUGGAAUGUAUUGAAAAAUUUGAUAUUUUACCAAAGGAUAAUGAAGAAGUAAAAAUUGGUCAUUUAAAACGUUUGAGUGGAAAUGAAAAUUGUUCAUUAAGAGAUAUAACUAAUGCUUAUAAAAUUUUACAAGAUUGUUUUCAAACAUUAACUCAUCAACAUUUACAAUUAAUUAAAACAGUAGUUGAAUGUUCUAAUAUUAUUCACAUGAUGAAAAAAGCUGAUCUUUAUUCUCAACAGGGUCGACGUCGUUUUCAAGAAUUACGAGAUAAUUUAACGACACAAUUUCAAUUACAAGAAUUAAAUAAUACGAUACUUAAUUCAUGGAUUAUAACUUAUACAUUAAUUGAACCAUUUAUGUUUAAAGCAAACAAUUUUGAUGAUUUUGUUCUUCGUCUUGCUCAAAUAACAAAUUUGGAAGAAAGUUCAUUGAGUCAUAUCAAAGUGACUAAUGAUAAUAUGCAACUUAUAACGAUGUGGUUAUCAGCUGAAGAAACAACAGUACUAGACAAUGCUUUGAUUACUAUGGAGCAUUUAUAUAAAAGUGGAACUGUUGAUAUUCAUUUACAACAUUUAACAAGAGAACAAUCUUAUUAUAAAAUCGGUUACUCAAUUGAUCGUAUUCAAGUUGGAAUAAACACAGUAAGAGAUGAAAAUAAUAGGAAUCAACAAGGUGAAGAAAACAAUAGAAUGGAAGCCAAAAGAAUUCCUUUUCAAUUAUCAAUGUCAGAUAUUGAUAAUCAUAAACGGCAAUUAACUUUUUGUAAUGUUGAUGCUCAACAAAAUUUAGUCUAUAAAAAAGCUUUAAUUAAUGGACAAUUAAAAUUAUUACAAACUAUUGAAAAUAUCUAUCGUAUUUUUACUAAAUUAGAAUUAGGUGGCCAUCCUGAUUAUCAAUUACGAGACGUACAUUAUGAAGUACAUCUUCAAGGAAUACAAGCUAGUUCUAUGUUAACCGAUUUACGAACUUAUCAAAAUGCUCAACUAGAUAAUGCUAUUUAUAAUCGAAUUCAAAGUUUAGAAUUGAUAUACAAUUCUUUGAAAACUACGUAUGAUAUGUGGAUAGAAAAUUUGAAGAAAUAUCGUCAAGAAUGUUCAUUAUUAAAAUUAUUUUCUAAUCGUGAAAUAAUGAUUAUAAUUAUUCUACUUCGAUCAUCAAAUGCAGAGAAUUCAAAUCGAAAUCGUUUUUUGAAAAAAUUAUUUGAAUUUAAAAAUUUUAAAAAUCAAAAUGAAGAAGAAAAAAUAUUAACUAUACGUUGUCUUGAACAUUAUUUUCGUUCAUUGAGAAUUCCACAUGUAAAUUUAACAACAGAUCAUCUUGCUGAGCUUUAUCAAAGACAUAAUAUCGACGCCGGAUCAAAUACUGAUGUAUGUUUAAGAAAAUUAACAACAUUUCUUAAAGAUAUUCUUGAACAUGGUGGAAAAAUAUUUCCGCAGGAAGAAAUACAUGAUGAAAAUGAGCAAUUUAUAGUCAAUAUUAAUCGUCCUGUAUCGAAUCCAAAUCAAAUCUCGUUUUCGAAUGAUUUCGAUUUGACUAUUUGCUGUAUUCUUUUGAAUGUUUUUAAAAAUCAGUUACCAUCUUCGUAUCAAAUUCUUUGGUGUUCGAAUACGACUGAAGAAGAUAUUCAUUUAUUUUUUUCUCGCAUACAAGCAUUUCCUUCUCUUACUUUUGUUAUUAUGGAUAUUGAUAAGAUGCAUCAUCGUCUCCGCGAAAUACUUUUAAAGGAACAAGAUUCAUUAACACGUGAACGAAUUAAACACGGACGAGUAUUUUAUUUUUCACGUGAAUUAACAACUACUCGAAAAGGUCUACGAGAAUUUAAACUACCAGCCGAAUAUAAAAAUUCUCAACAAAGUUGUAAACAUCUAAUGAAUCUAUUCAAUGAACGUGAUAUUAAACCAGCAGAAAUUCAAAUUAUCUAUGGUAAAGCUGGCAUUGGUAAAACUCAUCGUAUCAAUAAUGAAGUUAAAGAUGAUCAUACAUCAUGCUUUAGUAUCAAUGAUAAAUUAAAUGUUUCAUUAUUAAUUAGUUCAUUUCUUUUGUUUGAUUCAAAAAUGACCAACAAUAAUCCAUCGAUCUUUUUCAAUAUAUCUGUUCAUGCACCAUUUGAAGCUUUAAAUCGAACAUUAUUUUCUCUUCUUAUUUGUGGAUGUCUCAAUGAUCCAACUAGUGGUCUCAUAUUUUCUUUACCGCAUACUCAAGCAUGGAAAUUUAUUAUUGAAGUUCCUUAUUCCGAUGUUUUGGGUGUAAAUGUUCAAGAAAAUUACAAUCAAAUUUUACCAAUUCUUUCCAUUAUUUCUCCAUCAACAAUAGAAGAAGUCACUGAUGAAAAUUAUCAAUUAUCUAUUAAUAAAGAAGAAGAACUUGUAGCUCGAUUUUUAAAAGCAUUUCAAGAUCAAACAAUUGAUCGUAUGGUUACAAUGGCAAACACUGGUCAUGAAAUACCGGUUAGUUUUGAACCAAUAACUAAUACUGAUGAAUGUCGAAGAUAUAUUUAUAACUGUAUAGAAAAAUAUGCUCCAGAAUUACCAAGAAAUAAAAUCUAUGAACUUUCAUUUACGAAAUUUUUAUAUCGUCGUGUACGUUUUUUUGAAGGACAUUAUUAUUGUUGGAAUCAAAAUAUUCAACGAUUAGGUAGUAUUGCUAUAAAACAAAUGAUCAAUGAAGCAAAAUCUUUAACAAAAAUUAACUUUCAAGAUACUAAUUAUCCUCGUGUUUAUCUGGUUUAUGAUCCUGGAUUUUCUUUACAUUUAUUACAUGGUGAUUGGAAUCAUGUUUCAACUGAUUUAAAAAGUCUUUUUGGUAACAGCGAUCCAUUAAAAUCCGUCGAUUAUCAAGGUAAAGAUUACUAUGCUGAAUGUUUGGCAUGGUUGAUUGAUAUUAAAUAUGAAACAUUUAUGAAAAUUGUUCACGAAACAAAAUUUAUUUUAACAGAAAAUUUUGCUUAUAAACUUUUUCAUGUACAUGAAAGAAAAUUAACAAAAUUAGCUUUAAUUAUUGAAGGUGAUACUGGUGUAGGAAAAACAUUUCUUUUAAAAUUCUAUUCAUUGUUAUUAAAUUCAAAGAUAACAAGUGAUCCUCAUCAAGGAAAUUUUAUUCCAAAAAUCAGAGAACACUCAAAUCAAUUUCUUCUAACUAUUAUUGAAACAAACAUAGAAAACCAAGCAAAUGUUUUAAGUGCAUUUCUUCAACGAAUUCGACCAAAAGUUUUAGGUUUAGAAAAUGGUGAUGAAGAUGAAGCUGAAAUUCUUAAUCAACGAAGAGUGCAAAUACCAAUUCUACCUGCAGCAGCACAACAAGUACAACAUGCUGGACCGAUUGAUGAUGUUCUAUUAAAAGAAAUCAAACAAACUCUAAAAAAUGAACAAUUUAAGACAACUAUUUUAUAUCAUAUUUGGACAACGAUUCUAUAUGUUUCAACAGAAAAUGCUACAGCUUCCAUAGCAAACUUGAUUCAAAGUUUACAUGAUUUUGUAACUGAUGAAUUAGUCAAGUAUCCAUUGAUUGGUACUAGUUCUCGACUAACAGAUUUACUUCAAGAAGUUAAUUCACCUAGUGCUGAAACAUCUAUUGCAAUAUUCAAAGAAUAUUUAUUUAAUUGUCAAAUUAAGCCUUUAUUCUAUCGUCUUCUUUUGCAUCCUGGUGUUACUGAAGAACAAUUAGUUGAAUUUAUGUCUCCAAUAUCUCAAUUAGCUCGAGAAUUACCAGAUAUAGAAAUUGUUGUUUUCUUUGAUGAAGUCAAUACAGCUUCAUGCCUUGGUCUAUUCAAAGAAAUGUUCAUGGAUGGAACAUUACACGGUACAAGUAUACCGAAAAAUAUUUUCUUUACUGCUGCUAUUAAUCCGUUUGUAAAAAUAGAAGAAAAUAUAGAACAAGUUCAUCGUAGUAAUUAUAUUGUUCAUGAUUUACCUCAAUCAUUAAAAGAUUUAAAAGUUUCCUAUGGAGCUUUAGAAUCUCGAACAUUAGCUGAUUAUAUUGUUCGAAAAAUAGCCAUGUUUCAAGUUACUUCAUCAGCAAAGAGCGGUAAAACAAUGCCAUUAGAAGAUUAUGUUCAAGGUACAUUGGCUAAUUCAAUCUUGAGAGCACAAGAAUUUUGUGAAAAAUAUCUUGGCCAUAAUUCUGUUUCACAACGAGAAAUCCAACGAUGUUUUAGUUUAAUCGAUUUCUUUUGGACUUUACGAUAUGAUGAUGAACUUAAAUUUGAUCAAAAAUCUUAUACUCCUAAUCCUAUUCGAUGUAUUGCUUUAUCAAUCGCAUUAAUCUAUUAUUUUCGUCUUCCAACAAAAGAAGAUAAUUUACAACGUAAUGAUACAAAAACACCAUCACGAGAACAAUUAGCUGAACUUCUUCGUGAAGCAAUACCAGAUUUUGAUCAAGUCGUUCAAGAUGAACUCGAACGAUUUGUAAAUAAUAAUAAUUUUGUUAUUCCACAAGGAGUAGCAAUUAAUCAAGCUGUUCGAGAACAUAUCUUUGCUAUUGUGGUUAGUAUUGUUACACGUACGGCUCUAUGUAUCAUUGGUGUUCCUGGACAAUCUAAAACAUUAUCUUUUCAAAUUGUUCUUCAAAAUCUUCAAGGUGCACAAUUAUCAACAAAACCAUUUUGUAAACGUCUUCCAGCUAUUGAUCCAUUCUUUUGUCUUGGAUCAAAAUACAGCUGUUCAGAAGAUAUUGCUUUCGUAUUUGAACGUGCUAUCAAACGUGAACAACAGUAUGAACAAAACCGCAUGAAUACACGAUGUGUUGUUUUCUUAGAUGAAGCUUCAUUACCUGAUGAAAAGAAAAUGGUUUUAAAAGUUUUACAUCCUUAUUUAGAUGACUGUAAAGUAGCAUUUGUAGCCGUUGCUAAUAAAGCAUUUGAUGCAGCUAAUGCUAAUCGAAUGAUACGUAUUUAUCGUUCAUUACCAUCUGAAGAAGAUCAAAAAGUUUUAGCCUAUGGUUGUUUGGGUUUACAAUUAGAACAACGACAAGAAAAUAAAUAUAAUCGUCUUGACAAGAUUAUUUAUGGUUUAUGUCAAGGCUAUCGAAAAAUUCUUCGUUCACCAGAUAUUCCUCAUAUAUUUCAUGAUCGUGAUUUUAUUUAUAUGUUAAGAGAAUUACGAUUUGAAUUAAUGAAUUUAAAUGAAAUUGAACAUACGAGUAUCGGAGAAAUAACACCAUGUAGUUUAUUAAGAGCAUUAGAAGAUAAUUUUAAUGGAGUUCGCAGUGAAGAAUUUGAUAAGUUAGUCAAUACUUUUGCUACAGCUGUUGGCGAACAAUGUCCUGAUUUCUGUUCAUUAAUUACUGAAAAACAACACAAUCAACGUAAUGUUCCAACAAUUUUACGUAGUUCAAUGAAAUUAGAUCCAAUACGUCGUCGUCUCUAUGGUAGAUAUAAAUUAGUUAUUGAUGAAUCUGAAGAUGAAAGUGCUGUUCGUCUUCUUUUUCAAUUGGGUAUUCUCAAUUCUGAUCCAAGUCAAACAACAGUUUUUCGUAUGUCUGAUUUUCCAGAUGAUGUCGAUAAUGAAUUACGAAAUGUUGAAAUCUUAUCAAAUAUUAAAUUAUGUAUGGAAACAGGUAAAACAAUAUUAAUGAUAAAUACAGGUCGUAUUCAUGGUUCACUCUAUGAUGUUUUCAAUCAAAAUUUUUCAAUUAUGGCAACUGAAGAAAGCAGAAAAAUCUUUUCGAAAGUAGCUAUUGGCCCAAAAACAGUCGAUGUUAUUGUACAUGAAGAUUUUCAAUGUAUUGUUCAUAUAAAACGAAGUGAAUUUACAGAUAUUCCAGCACCAUUUUUAAGUCGUUUUCAAAAAUAUUCUUUUAGUAUAUCAGAUCUUUAUUUAAUUCAAUUACGAGAAAUUCCUAUGGAAGAUCAAAAACUUAUGAAAACUAUUGAAACAAAAGUUCGAUCAUUUAUUGAUCAUUUUGGAAAAGAAUAUUUUUAUGGAUAUCAUGAUGAAACAUUGUAUUCAUGUCUUUUAUCAUUUAUUAAAAGAAAUGCUCAAAAUGAACCUUAUUUAUCAAAUAUUCAUGAAAAUUAUAAUCAAUUAACAUUUCAAUCAAAAUCAUUUAUUGAAAAAGAUAUCAAUGAUAAAAAACAAUGUUAUCUUUUUGCUUUUAUUUCAAAACUUUUACAAUUAGCUUCACCAGAAUCAAUGAUAUUUAAAUUGCCAACAUUUGAAGAAAGUUUUAGUCGAUUAUUAUGUCAAAAUUAUUUUUAUCAACAAGAACAUUUUAAUAUUGAAAAUUUUCUUUAUCAAUUAAUUUCUACUCCAAUAUCAACUACUGAAAAUAAUGAAUUAUUACCAAUGAAUGAUAAUGUCGAGCAACGAAACAAUAAUAUUAAUAUGACAAGAAAAUUAAUGAUCUUUACUCGAACAUCAUCUUUUGUUAUUAGUUUAAACAAACAAUCAAAAAAUGAGUUAUUUCGUAGAAAUGAUGAAAAUAAUAUAAUGAUGAAUAUUAGCGAAAAAAUCGAUAUUAUUAAUCUAGUAAGUUUUUGA